AUGUCGAAAACGGACUAUUCGCGACAGCCGCGAGGCGAUAACCACCUGGGAGCUGUUCUGGUGCCUGACAUCCAGGAAAAGAGUGCAGUCGCAGUCGAGGAUAGAAGGAUCGACAAAAGAUCAAUGGAAUAUGUCGUUAGAAGUGGACUUGCUGGUGGAGUAGCUGGAAGUGCGGCGAAGACGCUUAUUGCGCCGUUGGACAGAGUCAAGAUCCUGUUCCAGACAUCAAACCCUCACUACAAAAAGUACCGAGGAUCCUUCCGUGGCAUGUUUCGCGCUGUCAACCACAUUUAUUCCAAUGACGGAGUUAGAGGGCUCUACCAGGGUCAUUCUGCAACUUUGCUGCGGAUCUUUCCGUAUGCAGCCAUCAAGUUCGUGUGCUACGAGCAAAUCCGCACUGUGCUGAUUCCGGACAACAAUCACGAGACUGCUGCAAGACGGCUAUUGGCCGGAUCACUUGCCGGAGUUGCAAGUGUAUUUUGCACGUAUCCUCUGGAUCUAAUUAGAGUGCGACUGGCGUUUCAAACCCACCAUUCGGCUCCUGGGUCGCCGGCCCAUACGAAAGGCCAGUUCGGUCAUCUUCUUAGGCAGAUCUACAAUGAGCAACCACGAUUUACCUUCAAUACCGGCGGAGAACUCCAGAAUGAACUGUGGAUAACCAGAACCGUGUAUCGUGCUCUGGGCAAAAACCUCGGUGUUUUUCAAUCACUCACCAACUUCUACCGUGGAUUUGCUCCCACCAUACUGGGAAUGGUGCCGUAUGCCGGUGUAUCUUUCUACACCCAUGAUCUGAUUCACGAUAUUUUCAGAUCGCCAGUCUGGAGUCAGUACACUGUUAAGGGCUCUCCCGAGGUGUUGGCCUCGUGUCUGACCUCCACCCAUUCUCACGAUAAAAGGCCCCCACUUAAGACGUGGGCCCAACUGCUUGCUGGUGGAUCGGCAGGAAUGCUUGCUCAGGCAGCAGCAUAUCCUUUUGAAGUGAUAAGACGCAGAAUGCAGGUGGGCGGUGUUGUGAAUGCAGGUGGGCAGUUCUACUCGAUUACGAAAAUCACACGGAUAAUAUAUGCCGAAAGUGGACUUAAAGGUUUCUACGUUGGACUUGGGAUUGGGUUCAUCAAGGUAGUGCCGAUGUUUGCAUGUUCGUUCUACGUAUAUGAACGGUGCAAGACGAUGUUGAAUAUCUGA